ACAAUGGAGCCUUUAGCCGUUGGAGGACCCUGGGCCUUGGCCUAAAGCACCACUGAUUUGUUUGUCUUCUCUAGGGGGAGCAUUUUGGGACCACGGAAGCCACCGAAGCCUUCUUUGCGAUGACAAGAUUAUUCCAGUCCAACGAUCAAACCUUAAGGAGAAUGUGUUACCUUACCAUCAAAGAGAUGGCCAACAUCUCAGAAGACGUGAUCAUCGUCACCAGCAGCCUAACUAAAGAUAUGACAGGGAAAGAAGACGUUUACCGAGGCCCGGCAAUCCGAGCCCUGUGUCGGAUCACGGAUGGAACGAUGCUCCAGGCCAUCGAGAGAUACAUGAAGCAAGCCAUUGUCGACAAAGUCCCCAGCGUGUCCAGUUCUGCCUUGGUGUCGUCUUUGAUUAUGGAGGCUCUGGACUCAGCACCCCACACCCAGAUGGCCUUGGCCCCAUCUCUGCUUUGUGAUCCCCUCCCCUCCUCGCACGGUGUGACAAAAUGGUGUGACCAAACUCCAAAUUGUCCGUUUUUGCUUCUCCUUUCAGUGCUUCAGCUCUUCUGCAGUUCGCCGAAGCCUGUUCUGAGAUACGCGGCGGUCAGGACCCUCAAUAAGGUGGCAAUGAAGCAUCCAUCCGCCGUGACAGCCUGCAAUUUGGAUCUGGAGAACCUCAUCACCGACUCCAACCGCAGCAUCGCCACGCUGGCCAUCACCACCCUGCUGAAGACUGGCAGCGAGAGCAGCGUGGACCGGCUCAUGAAACAGAUCUCCUCCUUCGUCUCCGAGAUAUCAGAUGAGUUUAAGGUGGUCGUGGUCCAAGCCAUCAGUGCUCUGUGCCAGAAGUACCCACGGAAACACAGCGUCAUGAUGACCUUCCUGUCCAACAUGCUUCGGGAUGACGGCGGCUUCGACUACAAGCGGGCCAUCGUGGACUGCAUCAUCGGCAUCAUCGAAGAGAACCCCGAGAGCAAAGAGACGGGCCUGGCCCACCUCUGUGAGUUCAUCGAAGACUGCGAGCACACAGUGCUGGCGACCAAGAUCCUCCACCUACUGGGCAAGGAGGGGCCCAGGACCCCCACCCCUUCCAAGUACAUCCGCUUCAUCUUCAACCGGGUGGUGCUGGAGAAUGAAGCCGUUCGGGCUGCGGCCGUCAGCGCUCUGGCCAAGUUUGGGGCUCAGAAUGAGAAUCUCCUGCCUAGCAUUUUGGUGCUCUUGCAGAGGUGUGUGAUGGACAGCGAUGAUGAAGUCCGGGACCGAGCCACUUUCUACCUAAACGUUCUGCAGCAGAGACAGCUGACUCUCAAUGCGGCCUACAUCUUUAAUGGUCUGUCCGUCUCCAUUCCCGGCAUGGAGAAGGCCCUACACCAGUACACGCUGGAGCCUUCGGAGAAGCCUUUCGACCUGAGGUCCGUGCCGCUGGCCACGGCCCCCACCUUCGAGCAAAAAGCAGCCCAAAGUUACCCAGCCACCUUUCAUGCCUUGAAGGCACUGCCUCCUCUUCCUUACCUGUCAUUACCUGACCCCGAACUCCCUUCCUUUCCCCAUUUAGAACAAUUGGCCGCCAUUCCUGAAUUCAAGAACCUGGGCCCGCUUUUCAAGUCCUCUGAGGCCGUGCAGCUGACAGAGGCUGAGACCGAGUACUUCGUCCGCUGCAUUAAACACGUCUUCUCCAAUCACGUUGUCUUCCAGUUUGAUUGCACCAACACCCUGAACGACCAACUCUUGGAAAAAGUGACGGUUCAGAUGGAGCCUUCGGAAGCUUACGAAGUCCUCCGUUGCAUCCCGGCACCCAACCUUUCGUACAACCAGCCGGGCAUGUGCUACACGCUAGUGCGCCUACCUCUGGACGACCCCACCGCAGUGGCUUGCACGUUUAGCUGCACGAUGAAGUUCACCGUUCGAGACUGCAACCCCAACACCGGCGUGCCGGACGACGACGGUUACGACGACGAAUACGUGCUGGAGGACCUGGAACUCGUUCUCUCUGACCACGUCCAGAGGAUCCUGAAGCCAAACUUCGCUGCUGCUUGGGAGGAAGUGGGCGAUGACUAUGAGAAGGAGGAAACUUUUGCACUCAGCACCAUCAAAAGCCUGGAGGAAGCCGUGAACAACAUUGUGAAGUUCCUUGGCAUGCAACCCUGCGAGAGAUCGGACAAAGUGCCCGAGAACAAGAAUUCCCACACCCUCUACCUGGCAGGUUUGUUCAGAGGUGGCUUAGAUGUCCUGGUCAGAGCCCGACUCGCUCUUGGCGAUGGCGUGACAAUGCAGGUUACCGUCCGAAGCAUCGUAGAAACCCCCGUGGACGUCAUCUUGGCUUCCGUCGGCUAACGGUCGUAACCCGAGGCUGCCCCGUCCCUGACUCCUCUUCCGUCGGGGGCAAGGCGCGACCCGGAUCCAGGGUGGUGCGUCCGUUCGGUUCGUUGGGCGAUUCCCUCCGAUGGUUAUUCGUCUUUCAAGGAAUGUUGGCGUUCCUUUUUUGCGUGUUCCCCCCAAAAGGCAAGGCAAAAACUCUGCCGCAUCUUCCUCCCGGCUAUAAAUUAUUGCCUUUGCGAGUAAGAUUAGAUGGGGGGGGGGGGGGUUUUAAUGGGGGGGGGACAUUUUUUUUCUUUUUUCUUUUUUUAAAAAAAAGUGUUCCUGGAUUGGAUUUUGAUCGGCCGCCAAUAAAUGGGCUGUUUAUAACACUUCCAGAUGUUUUCGUUGGGUCUGAAUAAUGAAAUGCACUUGAUAUAUACAGUUUCCCCAAAAAUAUGACCUAAAUUUAGCCC